UACACGAUGAGUUACACGCUAGUUUUUUUUUGUCUGUGUUGAGAUGAUAGUUUUUCAUUUUUGUAAAGAGAAUUUGUUUACUUUGAAAAAAGGUAAUGCACAACACUCUUUAUAUUACGGAGUAUCAUAGCAUCACCCGAAUGACGCCACAAUUCUCUUUACAAAGCGAAAAAAAUAAAACAAUGAGCAUGUUACCCGAUGUGCAGAAGAGACUUAUCCAAAGAAAAAAGAAGGAAAAGUAAUUAGGAAUAUGUGGAAAAUGGGGAACGGACGUGUACCCUCUAGCACCAUAUAAUCUGAAUACAAGUGAGGACUUUUCCAAGUCAUUGUUGGGAAUAUAAUACUAGUAAUAAUUGAAAGCUCCGUACGAGGUCGGAGCUACCCCUUCAAUCCUCAAUCAAUAUAUACGUACUUCAUUUUUGGUAAAAAUGAUCACAUACCAUAUCUGGUAUUAUCAGAAUAUAUCCGAACCAGAUCAGUCCACCUACGAAAUAUCGAUGGCGAGUGUGGCCCAAAGGGAGUGCCCACCAUCUCAAGAAACGACCGUUCUUUCACUCCAAGAAUCCCUAACGCUGCCCAAUCUCCCCCCAGAAAUCAUCACAGAAAUUCUAACAAGAUUGCCCGUGGAAUGCCUCCUGCGAUUCAUAUCCGUUUCGAAAUCAUGGCGAUUCUUGAUCUCAAGCCAACGCUUUGUCAUCGCCCAUAGGGAAAUAUCCGCCCAAAAACACGAAAGCCGGCGACUUCUCCUCCUUGCUACAAUCUCCGGCCAGGGGAGAGUCUGUUCCAUUCAUUCAUUUUCCCGUGAGAAUCCCUCUCUGGUUUUACCCGAUCUCAGCCGUUUGUCCACUUCUCCCUGUAAAUCUCCGAGAAUCUUAGGUUCUUGUAAAGGGCUGAUCUGCCUCUCCACUGUUGCUCUCAAACUGCUCAUAUGGAAUCCUUCAACAAGAAAAUCCCGGGAAUUCCCAGAUCUUUGGGUUCAGAGAAAGACCGGAUGCUAUGUCAGAUAUGGGUUCGGUUUCGAUGAACACACAGAGGAUUACAAACUCAUAAAAGUCUCCAGUUUCUACCAAUCCGGGGGUAGAUAUGACAAUGAAGUCCAGUCUUAUAGCUUAAAGACUGAUUCUUGGACUAUGAUGUCUGGGUUUAGCAGUGGGUAUAUAAACGGAAAAUGCGGGGUCUUUCUCAAUGGAGCUCUUCACUGGGAAAUUCGCCACGCGGAUGAUUUCUGGGAAAUUCGCCACGCGGAUGAUUUCUGGGAAAUUAUUGCCAUCGAUCUGGGUAUAAUGGAGGGCAAGUAUAAGACCAUAUCAAUUCCUCAAAUCUUUAAAAAUGAGAAAUUUCGCUUGAAACUUGAGGUUCUGGAUGGUAAGCACCUGGCAGCUUGUUACAUAUCUUCUGCAGAGAAGAUGGUGGAUGUGUGGGUGAUGAAGCAGUAUGGGCUGGUUGAAUCUUGGACUAAAGUGUCUUCUGUCUCUUUGCUGCCUUGUGGUGAUUUCAGAGGUUAUGUGUCUGUGGUGUAUAUGUCAGAAAAUGGGGCUGAGUUUUUGCUUAAGCUGGGAACAGAGCUGGUGUUUUACAAUUCUGCCCAUGGCGGUUCCUUCAAGAAACUGGAGGGGUAUGACUACAGAUCUGCUCUUGAACUUCAAUCAGCAACCUACUGUGAAAGCUUGGCUUUGCUUGACAUUGGCGAUUCCAGCCGAAUUUAAUUAAGCAAGAAGACAUGCGUUAUUCAAGAUCUAUAAUGGGAUAAUUUUAUGAGGAAUACACAUCUAUAUAUAAUCAUGCAUGUUUGAUAAAUUUAGUAAUAAUAAAUGGCCUUUGCUCUGUAAAACAUGUAGUAUGUGUGGAUUAAACAUGUAUGUCUCACCUAAUUCAGCGCCACUGUCGUACAUCCGUGUACACCCGGUUUUUUUUGUAAUCGUUAGCAAAAUGGUGGUGAAACGACAACUCCCUCAGAUAGAUCUUCUGCCGUUCUGUGUCGGAUUAAUACCAAUUUAUUUAUAUGUAAAAAUUUAAUAAGAAAACCCUAAGCUAAAAAAAUGGGAGGGAUUUUGAGAAACUUGUGGGGUUUGAUUCGCAAUAUUAACUCUG